AUGUCAGCUGAAAAUGAAGAAGCUGAAAGUAAUAACCAAAAAGUUGAGCGACUCAUUGAGCAAACAAUUGUCGACGGAUGUCCCGAAAGAACAGCACAUGAUUUUGUAUUUUUGAAAUCACUUGGAGAUGGCGCAUAUUCAUCGGUUUAUCGUGCUCGAGAAAUUGCAUCUGGCGCUGAAUUUGCGGUAAAAGUUAUACAAAAGUCUCACAUUUAUCGACAUGGAAAAAUGGAAUGGAUUAUUCGCGAGAAAAAUGUGAUGAAUUAUUUAACACAAAUGUGCGGAACUCAUCCUUUCGUCUCACAAUUGUAUACAAGUUUUCAAGAUCGAACAAGGCUUUGUAAGUUUUGAAAAAAUAGGGAUCUGUUAAUAGGUUUUUGUCAAAAAAGUUCUAUAGAAAUUUUCCCGAAAUUUCAAAAAGUUUGCUAACGCCUCAAUUACCUUCCUAAUAUUUUAACAAAUACCGUAGGGUCCUUAAAAAUUCCUUCAAAAUUUUAAAAGUUUUCUGAAUUUCAAAAAAAAGUUCCUUGGGACUUAAAAAGUUCCCUGAUGUCUUAAUUAGCUCUCUAAUCUGUCAUUUUUCAGAUUUCGUUCAAAUGUUAGCUGAACGUGGUGAUAUGAGUGAAGCACUCUCACAUUUCGGAUGUUUCGAUGUUCCAACAACAAUAUUCUUUUGCUCCGAAAUCCUAACCGGUCUUGAUUACCUCCACCGCAACAACAUUAUACAUCGAGAUAUCAAACCGGAAAAUAUUCUGAUAAAACAAGACGGCCAUAUAAUGAUAACUGACUUUGGAAGUGCACAAGCAUAUCAGGAUUUGAAUUUACCUAUGGAACGAUUUCACGGUGAUUUGAAUGAUGAUGAAGAAUUCAGCUCGUCUGAAUCAAGUUCACCGCCACCUCUAACCCGACAAAAAACUGAAAAUGAAAAGGACUCUGAUGAAUGGGAUUUAUUGAGUGGAAGCGCUUCUGGUACUGUAAAUGACACUGGAAGAAGGACAACUUUUGUUGGAACUGCACAAUAUGUUAGCCCAGAAAUGUUGACAGAUGGAGAUGUUGGACCACAUUCUGAUCAUUGGGCGCUCGGAUGUAUUUUGUUUCAAUGUUUGAGUGGACAAGCUCCUUUCAGAGGCGAUAAUCAAUAUCGAAUGAUGAAAAAAGUGCAGACUAAUGAAUUUGAGUUUCCAGAUGGUUUUCCGGAAAUUGCUGCCGACCUGGUGAACAAAAUUUUGGUGAGUUAAAGAUUUUCCUUCAGCUAUAAAAAUCAAUCAAAAAUUUCUUGGUUUGUAGACCGUUGAUAUUGAUUAUCGAAUUGACAGCGAAGACAUCAAAGAUCAUCCAUUUUUCCGUGACGUUGAUUGGGAUAAUAUAACAUCUCAAGAAGUUCCAACUCUUCAUGCCUAUAUUCCUGCAAAUAAUGGAGAACCAGAAUUUCAUUCCACAAUUGUCGAACCUGGAUUAGAUGAAAAAGUAUUGUUUAGAUUGAUGAACGAAAAUAUGAAUUCAAAAGUUGUUGCUGGAUCUUCAAAAAAUGCUGAAGAUUUUGAAGAGCUUUUCAAGCAAUUGGUAGAGCCGGAUGUGGAGCCCGAGCCAUUUGUCACUCCAAAUUUCAUGUUUCCUGGAGCCAGAGUAGAGGUGACUAGAAGACCUGCGGAGCCUGAACCGGAGCCAGAACCUGAAGUUCUUCCAAAAGUGUCUAGAGAAGAAGUUUUGAAGGCUAACAAGGAAUUAGCUUUCACCGACGCUGAGCUGGAUAUUCAUAAUAAAAAUAUUGAGACAAGAAUGUCGCCAAGACUUCGAGACGAGAAAUUGGAGAUUCAAAGAAGUGAGAAUCCAUAUCAUCUAUUUGCUGGAGGUCGACUUAUUUUGAAACAAGGAUUUUUGGAGAAAAAACGAGGGCUAUUUGCGAGAAAAAGAAUGUUUAUUUUGACUGAAGGUCCACAUCUUCUUUAUGUUGAUCAUUCGAAUAUGGUUCUCAAGGGAGAAAUUCCAUGGUCUCCUUGUAUGCAGACAGAAAUUAAAAAUUUUGGAACAUUUUUCAUUCAUACAGUAGGUUUUUUUGGUUUUUACCAACCAAAAAAAGCAAUAACAUAAAAAUUAUAAUAUUUUCAGCCGAAUCGUGUUUAUUAUUUGUUUGAUGAAAAUCGUCGAGCUUUAGAAUGGUGUCACGCAAUUCAACUCAUGAAAAAUCGCUAUGAAGCUGAAAUUCAGAAAACCUAUGAGAUUGCGAUGCGUGAUGGAACCUUCAAUAGUAUUUAUGGCAAAAAAAAGUCGCGCAAAGAAAUGAUGCGUGAAGAAAAAGCGGCACGUCGUAAACAAGAAAAGGCCAGCAAAAAAGCGGCUAGACAAUCUAGAUGA